AUAUUUAAUUAAGAUAUUAUAUCAAAUAAUUUGGUGUAAGUGAAAUAGAUUACAAAUAUCAACAAAUAAGCUAUUUAGAAUUUUAUACUAUAUUUAGACUUAAAGUUAACUCUAUAAUUUACCAAAUAAAUGAAAAUAACGAAAUAAAAUACUUAAGAUAAUAUUAAUGAAGUAAUGUGCCAUUAGGAAGGAUUUUUGUGUAAAAAAUGCACUAGUAAGUAUGAUUUUCCUAAUAUGAAUUCAAAUAUUACUUCAUCAAAACAAAAGUAUGAAGAAGAAAAAGAAGAAGAAACUGAAUGUUAUUAUUGCCUGAAGUCUAAUUAGGUGUGUAAUCAAGCAGUUUUGCUUUACAAAGGUAAAGCUUGCUGUCUUUAGUGCAAGCAAUCAAACAUAGUUAAUUAUAUUGCUGCUCCUGAUGGAAAACAAAGAACAAUAGUAACAAGAAAAUAAGAAAGCGGGUAAUACUAUUCAGUUCCUUCUACUUCGACUUAAUCUUAAUCAUUAUUAUAAAAUUAACUUAAUAAACCUCCAUAGUUGCUUUAGUUUCCUAACUCAACAAAAAGCUCCAGCAAUUAGAUGUCUAAAGGAGGUUUCUUUCCUUCAAAAUUUUCAUCUAACCAUUAAAAACACUAAAGUGAAAUGAUUAUAAAUAAAAAUUUUGAUGCUUAAGGAAUAGAUAGCAAUUUAAUUUAGAGUGCUCAUUAUACUUAGUAAUUCCCUAUUUAACAUUAGGAUAGUGUAUCUUAAAUAUGCUUUAAUUUACACUUAGACCAAAGAACAGAUAGUAAUUCUUAAAACAAUACACCUAGUCAUAAAAAAAAUAAUCACACAGAACCCCAACUAGAAAGGAGCUAAAACUUUAGUAAGGAAGUAAUAAAUUCUAGCAAUUUAGAUAUGUAAACAUCUCCGAAAUCAUAUAUACCCGUCCCUACUGCUCCAUAGAUAAUAUUCAAAGAUUCUAAAAUAGAAGGCAUAUUAAAAGAUAUAUUAUUGAAAGGAUAAAGCUAUGCUUAGAAAAAAGCUGUUAUGUCUCUGCUCGAAAAUCGUAAAAGCUUUUCAAGCCAAAAAUUCCAUGAAAAAUUAGAUAAGAAAAAGUAAAUACUAUAUUUAGUAAUCCUAAAAAGUGGGUUUAUAUUUGGUGGUUAUCAUUACGCAUCUUUAAGGUCAUAAAAAGAUAAAUUUAUAGAUGACAAUCACUGUGGACUCUUUUCUAUGUAAGGGAAUGAUAUUAACUUUUAUCCAGUUGAAGAUAAUAAAAUUAUUUAUUUCGAUAAUGGAGUUUGGUUUGGAAAACCACCUUGCCUUAUUUUAAAUUUUGAUAUGAUUGACAAGUGUUUCUGCAAUAAGGAAUUCAUCUUCCUUACUCCAUUAGGAGAAAGCCAAACUCUUCAAUUUGGCCCAACAACAAAAUGGAAUCAAAUCAUUUAAGAUAUUUGUAUAUUAUAAUUUUGA